AUGGGGAGAGGUAGAGUGGAGUUGAAGAGGAUCGAGAACAAGAUCAAUCGGCAAGUUACCUUUACGAAACGAAGAAAUGGCGUUUUGAAGAAAGCUUAUGAGCUUUCGGUCCUUUGCAAUGCUGAGGUUGCUUUGAUCCUCUUCUCUACCAGAGGAAAGCUGUACGAAUUCUGCAGCAGCUCCAGUCUAUCUCCUGCUCUUCCAUCCGAAACCGAUGGAUCUCCGAUUGCAGUGUCUUCGAGCGGUAGUCCUUGGAUCCAGCUCCUCUCCAGUGCACUUGUGUGCCGGACGGUGUCCAGCGCAUAUCGUGCAACUGGGGGCUUCGAUCCACACCAUAGCAUGCAUCCCGAUGCAAUGGCGUGUGGAUAG